CGUGCACGCGCAAUUAUCUUGACUAGGGAAAUCUGGAUCACAUUAGUUGGAUUGCGUAAGCUUCAUUUGCCUUUUUUGAAACCGCUUUAGCCUCGCCUCAUUUGUUAGGUUAAUUCAAGUCGAGUUUGUAUCUUUAAUCCUCGUUUUUCCAAGCGAGUUUUAUGAAAUAGCCCUCUGGUAUUUAAAUCCGUCUCUUUUGUCCACUUUCGACCGCUUCUGUGCUGAAUACUAUGAGAGGGUGGUCUUUGAGACGGUGGGCGAGUCUCUCUGCUGUCAUUCAAACCCGAGCGGGAGUAAUUAUGAGUUUAUGGACGCAAACUAAUAUUAUGUCGGAGUGCACUGCUUGUUUAGCAAGUAAACAUGCUGGACAGUGUUUUGUACAUGAGUAUGUAAGAGCUUUCUCUGAAUUUUCAGCGCAAUUGAUGAAAUAGGAUCGGGCAACUUUCACACGCUUUCAAAACGAAACUACGGAGAUCAGCCGCUUAGUUUUAUCAAUGAAAGGCUAAAAAUAGCGCUGUUCGCCGUAUGUUCACGCCAGAAGUAAAAAAAGACGUAAAACUUGUGUUUAAUACCUCAGAUUAGAUAAAUGGGCGGAGAGAAGGCGGUCAGAAUACCAAGUGUAAACAGCCCCAAAUGUAAACAGCCCCUGAGAGAAGUUCAUAAAAAAACGAACUGGAACGCAGGGUAGGUCUGCCUUCUACUUCUCCGCCAGUGCUGCAGGCUAGCAUGAUCAACGUAUUUUUGGAGAGUGAAACUAUAAACAAAGGAGGAAAUAACGGUCUCGCCACAACACCCAAUGCCUUUUCACGACUUUUCAAGUCGUUGAAAAGAAGAACGAGUCCUUUGUGUAUUCUCUGCCUGCCUUGAAUCUGUGCUAUUUUUUUUACAAGAAUUCUUCUUCAAAUCUAAGAUGCUGGUAGGACUUCUUUAUCACGUGUAAUGAGACAAAGUAGGCGGUCUACAAGCCUUCGCUAUUCUGGAGCUUCUUCAAAAAGUCAGAGCUCUUCAAUAUGUGCAAUGUUGGAAGAGCUGGACAUAUCCAUUGACAGACCUGCUGGUUUGAGAAGGUAUACUGAAACAAAAAGAAGAGGAUACAACUCAUACCAUAACCUGACUGUCAAUCAAAAAUCUGUGAUUCUACAGUAUAAGAAGUCUAUCAAUUUGAACUGCCAAUAUGUGACAGAGUGUGACCCUUUAUGUGAUGAACGGGUGCUACUGGUCAAACGUUAUGUUGAACCAGUGAUCAUUCAAAGGAGUACAGAGCGGAGUAGGAUAUACUUUUACAAACACGUGAUGUCUGAUUACUUUAGAACAAAGCCAUUACCUCAGGUUUUUAAGAAUCACAACAUUAGGAUGAACAACCUCUUCAGUCAUGAUCAGUCAAUGUCUAGUCAUUGCUCAUUUAAUGAUGAAGAAAUACCAAAAACUGUGAUUCUCAGUGGAGACUCUGGAAGUGGAAAAUCCUUCAUGUUGCAGAAGAUCAUGUUGGACUGGGCAUCUGGAAAAUUUUACCAUUAUUUCUUUGACGUUGUCUUUCUUCUAAAGUGUGAAGAACUGAAGUGUGUCUCUGAGGAUAUGAGCCUGACUGAGCUCUUAAGCUGGAGUUGUGGUUUAACGUCAGAUCAGAUCUCACAGAUGUUACAGUGCUCAACACAGAGCUUGCUCCUUAUUGAUGGGCUUGAUGAGCUUAUGUUUCAUCCACACAUUAGAGAUAGAUCACAACCUGCUGAUCCAUAUCAAAGAGCCCCACCUGUCGAAAUUCUUAGAAACCUUCUGAAUGGACACAUCCUGCCCACUUCCUUCCUUCUGGUCACCACUAGAACUGCAGCUACUCAUACAGUAAAGAAUCUCCUCAAGGGACCACAGCGUUUCAUUGAGAUCAUGGGCUUCUCUGAAAGCGGAGUGGAAGAGUACUUCAGGAAGAUUUUUCAGGAUGAGUCACUCUUCAAGAAAGCAUAUGAGUGUGUGAAGGCAAAUGAAUACCUUCAGAUUGCCUGCUCGGUACCUUUGAUGUGUUGGAUUGUUUGUUUCUGUCUGAAAUAUUUACCAAAUGGUGAGAAUGUGAUGGGAGAACUAGAGACGACCACCUCCAUAUAUGCACACUUUGUGUCUGUUCUAGUGGAGCAUCAUUGUGAGAAACCGUUUGUUCCCAAACUGCUGAAAAAAUACGGUCAGCUGGCAGAGAAAUGCAUGUUGAAUCAGGAAUCUCUGUUUGAUGAAAGGACUAUGUCUGAAACAGGAUUAGAUGUUGAUGGUAGUUUGUUUCUGCACAAAGAACUUUUGAACAAAGAAGGUGUCCAUAAAAUGUUGGUCUUUAAGUUUAUGCACCUUUGCUUUCAGGAGCUCUUUUGUGCUCUUCAUUAUAUCCUAAUUAAUGAAGCAGACAAGAAACAUCACCCCUUUUUUGAGAGAGAUGAAUUAUUUUAUCCAGCUAUACUGUUCCUCUGUGGUCUUUCAAAUAAUCAGAUGAGCAGCUCUUUAGAGCUCUUUCAACCCAACUUGACUUUUCCUCAGCCCAUAAGAGAAGAGCUAAAGAACAUAAUCCUUCAUGUUCUAAGGAAAAAUGUGUAUCUUACAAGGAUAUUUGCACUCCGCUGUCUCUUUGAGCUCCAUGAUGAUGAGUUUGUAAGGAAGGCUCUGGAGGCUUACAGAUCCAUGGACUUCUCUUAUGCAUCCCUGAAGAUGACUGACUGUUGGGUGCUUUUGUACUGUCUUCAGUGUUGUACACAGAUCACAGAACUGAACAUCACACACUGUGAUUUAACAGCUGACAAACUCCGGAUUCUUCAGCCAGCACUCUGUGUGUGUGAGAGUAUGAGGUUGACGAUGGAUCACCUGUCUGAUAUUGGAGAUUUUAUCAAAGCACUCAGUGAAUCAAAAACCUUGAGAGAACUAAAUAUUGUAGAAGAAAGUGACAAACAUAACACUCUCUUCUCAACUCCCAGUGUGUCCAUUUUGAAUGGAGAAAUGAGACUGGAUGUGAAGUACAAUUGGAGGUUUGCAUCUCUCUCAAGAGUCUGUUUCACUUGUCUACACUCAGCGAUAAGCAGCUCUGACUGGAUAAUCAUCUUCCAGAGAUUCCAGAAACUUUCUCAAUAUCAACAAAAUUCACAGGAGUGUAAUGAGCAUGUAGAUGCUCUGUUCUCUGUCCUGCUCUCUCUUUGUGGUUUAAAGACGUUGGAGCUGAUGAUACUCUGUCUGAAUAAAACCUGGUCUCUCAGGAUUCUCUCAAUCAUCCAAACCUGUAGCAGUCUGAAGGACAUCUGUAUCAGUGUCACAGGUUUGGUGCUGGAAGCGGGACUCGCAUUACUACAAGAAUCACUGACAGAUCCACACUGCACUGUGACUAUUGAAGGGAGAAAGUGCAAUAAACCCACUAAACCAUGCACUGAGGAUUGGCAUUUGACUUGGAGUCACAGCUGUAAUGAAGAAGUUAAGAUUCACUUCAAACCAAAUGUUCUGGAAGAACUGAAAGCGCUAAAUGUUUCUGACUCUGAAUCUUCUGAAUUGAGUCUAGAAUUAUAUGAACUGAAUCUCGAUUCACAUCCUGUCUGUGAAUCUUGUGUUGACAUAGUUGAUUCUGAUCAGUGGGUUCAGGUUAAUCCAUCAGUCUGUAAAGAUGAAGGAGAGUCAAAGUUCAGGAUCAGCACUGAGCCGGGUCAUUACGAGUGCAUCAAAACCAGAAUGCGAUGGGUUUGUGAUUGUGAUGUGACUCUUCAGUAUCAUACAGUGGACGGACGUUCCCUCAUUGCAGAGCUGGAGAGACUUCAGUAUGAGCGAAUUGGUCCUGUGAUUGAUGUGACGGUGAUCUCUGGGAAACUGAAGGAGGCACAUCUCCCUCAUUACGCCUGUUUAGCAGAGUCUGACCCCUCGCUCAAAGAUGCUGUGAAGGUCCUCAGCCAAAAAGAUGAAGGGGUAGUUUUACGUCCUGUUGAGCUGACCCGCUUUCAUGCCAAAAUAGUCCAACCGUCAUUUUCCAUCACAACUCUGAUUAUAAGUUGGCUAAUGCAAUGGGAGGAACACUGCGAUCUUCUUCUCUACAUGCGAUGUAAAAGUCCUCUCAUACUUCAUGUCUACUUUUUUCCAUUGAAUGAUACUUGUUCAAAAGAAAAGGUUGAGCACAAUGAAAAACCAAGCCUUCAGAUCAGCCAUCCCAGACCUAACAGGCCUUUUCGGAUGAAAACACCUCACCUUCUCGAGGUUCUUGAUGCUUCUGUACAUCCCAUAGAGGGAAUUUCAUUUCGGAGAGACAUCCACCCAAACUUCUUCAAGGUUAAGCAGGAUCGAGAUGGUGAUGUAGAAAUGACUCUUAUUAGAGAACAGGAUCGCACUGCUGUGUGGAAAGCAACAAUUUGGAAAAAUGAACUUCCAAGGCAAAUUAAAAAUGAGCCACAGCGACAUUGUGACAUUGAUACAGAUCAGUUUGUUCAUAACCACUGGUCAAAUCUUGUUCAAGGAGUUAAAUGUGUGAAGAGUAUUGCAGAUAAACUGCGUGAACAGAAAAUAAUUAAAGAUGAACUGUACUCACAAAUCACACAUAUGAAUUUAACUAGUCAGGAUAGCAUGAGAAAGAUCUGUUCUGUUGUGGAUUCAGGUAGUAGGCUUGUCAAAGACAAAUUCAUUUCCAUUCUUCAGGAAGAGGAGCCCAACCUUUAUGAAGAACUGAUGUCCUGAUUCAACGCUUUUGAAUAUAAAGCAGAUUCUUUAAUAAAUGAGAAAACAUAUUAUAAAGUCUUGUAAAAUAUUUUUUCCUUUUAUAUUUUAACAUUGAGACAUUUCAAAAAGUUAAACGGUUGUAUUAUAGUUCCAAAUUUCAUACAAAACUAAUGUGUUCUAAAUCAUGAUUGCUUUACAAAAGAAAGAUAAAAAGAUAGGAAACAGACUCUCUAAAUAGUUACUAUAUAUUAUUAUACUGUAUUGUAUAGAAAAAAUCAUGCUGUCAUCUUAAUUGUAAAACUCUUGAGUUGGAAAAAUACACAAAAACAUUUUAUGGUCUGAUCAAGUCUUGUCGGUGUCUGUACAUCUUGUCCUGAAUAGUUGUUUUUUUUCAGCAUGGUUGGAAAUUAAUUUUGUGACAUUACAAAAAGAGUUCUCAUAGUUACAAACCUUAUACUAAAAUAAAAUGUUAAAAUAAAAUAAAAAACAAGCAAUUUUGUAUCAUGCAUUUGUGGUUAAUUGCAGUGUUCAUAAAUACAAAAUGGCAGCACAUCCUAAACACUGAACCAAAAAAUAAAUACAACACUUUU